AUGUCCGUUGACAUGCAACAAGGCGCCACGAAUGCGGCAGAUUUCUCUCUGACGGUACUUAGAGCGAGAAUUGCUUUGUUAGCAACUGCCAUCGGUGGACCAGAUUAUACUUCCCAGAUAGACCCGCCCCCUUAUAAGCUUGGUGACGACUGUUUGGCGUGCUUGAAAGAUUUGAAAAGAUGGUUUAAACUGGUGGAUGACCAACAGAAAAGAUGGGAUGUGGCAAUGGCAGUGGCUGAAUAUCGCAUCUUGACAGAUGACCUAUUACCCAUUCUCAUAGACUGGGAAAAUAAGUGUUCUCUCGCUGCCAAACUUGCUAAGAAUAACCCAGGUCAUGAAGAGUUUAGAAACAAGGUUUAUUACGACAAAAUUGCGCUAAACUGUCUGCAACUAUUGGUCCUCAUGACCUGGCCCUUAAUCGUAACGGAACAGUCCUCAUCAAACCAAAUCACCCUCUAUAGUGAACUGAAGAAGCAUCAAUUGAUAUACAAGAAAGCGAUUCUGUCUAUGGAAAGUGGAAAAGUGUUAAGAGCUGCUAUUCGACUGGCCCUGGACGUCAUCAAAAUCGACCGAUUAUCAAGAACUCCUAGAGACAAUAUGGUUCUCAAAUUGGUUUUGAAUUUUUUCAGAAACGUCAUUGCUAUAGAGCCUGGUGAAUUUACUAUCAACACCAAGAGAAGCAUGCCUAGGAAAGGUAUCACAUCUAUCGACACUUUGCCGCCAAACGUUUCUAUGGAUGACAUCUCUUUAAAUACGGUUAUUUCUUCAUUCCAUAAAAACAAGGUAUUUGGCCUCCUAUUAACGCUGUCUAGUUCUUUAUCAAAAGAGUUUGAUCAAGAUUUUAUUAAUAUCCCACUGUUGGAAAUUAUGUUCUAUCUUACUAAAGAUGUUAACCAAGAACUGCUAUUUCCUCGACAGCCUGAAUCUAGAACGCAUUUGAGAGUUGCAAACAACAAUGGGGAUACUACUACUAAUAACGUUGUUACAACUGCAGGGUUUGAACUAUCCAAAUUGUUACAAAAGGAGCAUCAAAUGAAAAAAAACGUUAUCAAACAUACAUCUGCGAGACACUCCAGAUUUGGUGGUCUUUUGUCUAUACAAACACCUGAUAAAAAUAGGUUAACUGUUUCUGGGAGCCAAGCUCUUGUGGAUGAGAAAAUAGCGCUACAAAAACUGGAUGACAGUAAAAAAUGGAAUAAAAGAAUAAUUCAAAAGCAUCAGUCCGUCGCAGCUGAAGGCUUGCCAAAUAGUUUGUUGAAUUCCCAAACUGGUAAGGCUAUUUUCUUCACUGAAUCUAAUGGUAAACAUUUUAAAAGGUUCAUCAACAAUUUUAUAGAUUCUGGCUUUAACAUUUUGUUGCAUAGUGUGACGAACUAUUUCACAACGGAACAGGAUAGAAUGGUUACUUUAGAGCAAGUGCAAUAUUUGCUUUUUUUCGCAUGGUUUACUAAGUACCAAUUGUUGAGGUCUAAAAUGGACAAUUCAGCAGAAUUAAGUCAAGUUUCAGAAGCCUUGAAGGAAGUAUCUUUCAUUUUAGUGUCUUCCCUUUUAAGAAGUGCAUAUGACUUGAAAAAUUGGAUAGUGGCCCAUGCAGGUAUGAUUGCAUUUAAUGAACUGUUAAACCUCGUUUCUCGUACGAAAGCCGCUCAGGAAGACGAUUCAGCUGAUGUAGAAUUCAUUGUAAGUAGGCUUUUCAGUGACGAAAGAAUACAAUUAUUAUCAAAUCUUCCGAAGAUUGGUUCCAAACACUCGCUUCAAUUCAUGAAAAGUUGCAUUGAGCUAACACACUCAGUAUUGAAAGUAUUAGAACAAUAUUCUGAUAAUAAGACAUUGGUAAUUGAAGGGAAAGCAAGACGGCAAAAGAAACUUAAUAUUUCCGAAGAUGAUAUUAAUAAAUUGAUAGAAGAAGAAAAUGUGGAUAGGGAAGAAGCGCUUGAUAUUCUAGCGUCUACUUUAAGAAGUGUAGGAGUUAACUUCCAAAAAGUACAGGCAAAUUAUAUGACGGAACCUGUAAUAGAAACGUACAUUAAUUUUCUUGAACGAUUCCGUGAACUUGAGGAUGAUUCCAUUAAAAAAGUAUUUUCUUUUUUUCACAGAGUAUUCGUCCAGGCUAAAGAACAGGCAUUGUUAUUUAGAUUUGAUUUGAUAAUAUUAUUAAGAGAAAUGCUUUCACCUGAUGGGUUGAAUAGAAUGUCUCGUUCCAGGAAAUAUGUGAGCCAGUUUUCAGACUAUUUUCUUUCCAGACUGAAAAAAAGGUUAAAGAAAUCACCUGCUUGGUUUGUAGGGUUACUUUUCCCACCGUUACACAAUAGUGAAGUCGGAUUUUAUCAAAGGUAUGGUGAAUACAAUAUUAUCAGUAAUGAAUCAGAGUAUACCUCGCCAGCAUCACAAUUCAAACCAAUUCCCGAUGAAGAGGCCUUACCACCUUCGAUUUUGUUGGAUAUGAAAUAUGGGAUUUUAGUCUCUACAUUACUCGAUGAUGGAAAAGUUGAACUAUUAGACCUAUUAUUCAAACAUAUAACUCACGCAUUGGAUGUUUUCAAGUCGUGGUUAACCGUGAAUGUUAAUGCUAGUAGAGAAACAAUGAAUCCACCCAACGAAUACUUUACAUUGACAGGCACGCUCAAUAACGAACCCAUUUUUAAGGACAAGGACUAUAGGGCUUUAUUAUUGUUGAUAGGAUAUUCCAUUCCACGUAAAAUCAAUGAACCUUGUUUUUUACCGGGGACUGUUGAAAUCUCUGACCUGACAGUUGCUUGUGAACUAGUAAAAAAAUACUUAUCAACACCAUUCGAAACGCCAAACGGACUGCCUUCUUCUUCCUAUCUUCUACGAGUUCGUUCAAAAAAAAAUGGUUUGCCCCAUGGUGAGCAAGAUGGAUGGAAAGAAGAUGACGAUUAUGAUUAUAACGAUCCCUACAUUGUUCCAGAUGAUCAAGUUGUAUCGGAAAGCGACGCAGCAUACUUCAAGGACUUGGAUAAUAAUGUAUCGGAUAAACUUAAAGGUAUAAAACUCAGUAAAGGAAUUGCGAGGUCCAAAAAUAGGGAUAAGAGAAAGCGUAAGAAGGGGAUAACCAAGACUAAUUUUUCAAUGUUUGGUGACCAAGAUGGCGAACGACCUCAUUCCGUCAGAGAACGCCAUAGUGUAUUCAGUAAAGAAUUUAUCAGUGAUUCAGAAGAUGAUGAGAAUUUGAUGAACCCUAUAUUUUUUGAGAAUGAAACAUAUAUGAGAUGGUUACUAGAUAAAAACAAUGGUCAGUUGACCGAAGAGAGAUAUAUUCAAUUUGCUAAAUUUGCUGCGGAAAGAAUGAAUAAUGGAGGUGUUAUAACAGGAGAUUAUACAAACUUGUUUGAUGGAGCCAUACCAAGCAUUGAAAGCAUUAGAGCCGCAGAAGGUGGCUCUUUUGCGCCAGACAAAAGCCUCGUUUCCUUAGCAAGUCAUGUGGCAUCUGAGAUGUCUGUUCUUGAUGUAAAUACUAACAAUAAUCAGCUCUCUCAUGAGGAUGUCAACUUGGAAUCAAAAGAUAGCCUAGGCUCACCACAGCUAUCAGAUUCGACAAAUGAGUUCCAAUCUGAGGGCCAUAACACAAAAGAAUCUAGAAAGCGUUCCUUAGAAGGAAAUAUAGCAGAUGAAAGCGAUGAAGAUGAAGAAGCCAUCCGCCCUUCCACCAAAAAAUCUAGGAUUUUUCUGAACCAAGGUGAUAGUGAUUAUGAAUGA